AUGACCUCUUCUAUGACAAUGACCCAGAUAUACGAGGAUAACAUCAAGUCGUACGCCCAGGACCCCAACCCCCAAGUUGCGGCGGUCGGCGCAAUGGGCCAGACGCUACUGUGGGGUCUCUGGAGCAAGACAUCCCGAGACAGCCUGGUUUCGUCGAUUUACUGGAAAGUGAAGAGCUUGGUGUCUUACGCUGGAUAUGGCUGGAGUAUCGAUAUAGAUAAGGCAAGGAAGGAGCUUGAAGAGGAGAUUGAGAGGGCUAACUGA